GUGCCUAAGGUCUUCGCUUUUGACUAUUGCUUCUGGUCCAUGGAUGAAAACAACAAAGCAAAAUAUGCAGGUCAAGAGGUAGUUUUCAAGUGCCUUGGUGAAGGGAUACUUGAGAAUGCAUUUCAAGGAUACAAUGCUUGUAUUUUUGCCUAUGGACAGACAGGCUCAGGAAAGUCUUUCUCGAUGAUGGGCAGUGUUGAUGUACCAGGCCUUAUACCUCGACUCUGCGGUGCACUGUUUGGGAGAGUCUCCAAAGAGGAAAAUGAAUCUCACACAUUUAAAGUGGAAGUGUCAUUCAUGGAGAUCUAUAAUGAAAAAGUUCGAGAUCUACUUGAUCCUAAAGGGAGCCGGCACUCGCUGAAGGUUCGAGAGCAUAAAGUGUUGGGACCGUAUGUGGACGGCCUGUCGCAGUUGGCUGUAACGUGUUUUGAAGAUAUUGAAUCCUUGAUGUCAGAAGGAAACAAAUCAAGAACCGUUGCAGCCACCAACAUGAAUGAAGAAAGUAGCCGUUCUCAUGCCGUCUUCAACAUCAUCUUAACUCAGACCCUGUACGAUCCACAAAGUAGUACUUCUGGUGAGAAAGUGAGCAAGCUGAGCCUGGUGGAUCUGGCUGGGAGCGAGAGAGUGUCAAAGACAGGAGCUGCAGGAGAACGGCUGAAGGAGGGCAGUAAUAUCAACAAAUCCCUUACAACUCUCGGGUUGGUCAUUUCCGCUUUAGCUGACCAAGUGGGAGCAAAGGGCAAAAACAAGUUUGUGCCUUACAGAGACUCAGUCCUCACCUGGCUUCUCAAGGACAACUUGGGAGGAAACAGUAAAACGGCCAUGAUAGCCACAAUUAGCCCAGCCGGCGACAAUUAUGAGGAAACUCUGUCCACGCUGAGAUACGCAGACCGUGCCAAGCGCAUCGUGAACCAUGCUGUAGUGAAUGAAGAUCCCAACGCCAAAAUUAUCCGAGAGCUCCGCGAGGAAGUGGACAAACUGAGGGAGCAAUUAAAUCAGGCUGAGUCAUUGAAAGCACCAGAGCUCAAGGAGAAAUUGGAAGAAUCUGAAAAACUCAUAAAAGACUUGACUGUGACUUGGGAGGAGAAACUGAGGAAAACCGAAGAAAUUGCACAGGAAAGGCAGAAACAGCUGGAGAGUAUGGGCAUUUCUCUGGAAACUUCAGGCAUUAAAGUUGGUGACGACAAAUGCUUUCUGGUCAAUUUGAAUGCCGACCCUGCCCUCAAUGAGCUUCUUGUGUAUUACUUGAAGAAUCACACCAGGGUUGGUGCGGAUGAAUCUCAGGACAUUCAGCUGUGCGGAAUUGGUAUCCAGCCUGAGCACUGUGUCAUUGACUUCACAGCAGAUGGCGAUAUCAUUCUCAACCCAAAAGCAAAUGCCAGAACUUGCUUAAAUGGUGCUGUCUUAAAUGCUCCCAACUCCCUCUGGCAUGGGGACAGAAUUCUAUGGGGAAAUAACCACUUCUUUAGGAUUAACCUACCUAUGAGGAAGAGGAGAGACAAGUUAAAAGAAUACGAGAUUGAGACUAAUCGAGAUGGUGUUGUAGAUCAGGAUGUGGAAACGGCAAGCGAAUCUUCAUCGGAAACGGACUAUAACUAUGAGUUUGCACAGAUGGAAGUCAUGAUGAAAGCUCUCAGCAGUAACGACCCUGUGCAGAACGUGGUUCAAGUUCUCGAAAAGCAACAUUUAGAGGAGAAACAAAACGCACUUGAAGAACAACGACUGAUGUACGAGCGAGAGCUGGAUCUCCUUCGUCAGCAGCUGUCUCCGGACAGACUGCACCGUCAAAGCAUCGAUAGAUUAUCGUACACCCCCCAAACCGCACAGCAGAAAGUCAGGCUUUGGUCUGAGGAGAGGGAUCAACUCUUCCGUCACAGCCUGGCGAAGUUGAGAGAGCAAAUCGUCAGAGCCAAUGCUCUGGUGAGAGAAGCCAACUUCCUGGCAGAAGAGAUGAAUAAACAGACCGAUUACCAGGUCACAUUGCAAAUCCCAGCAGCAAAUCUCAGCGCAAACAGGAAGAGGGGAGCAAUUGUAAGCGAAUCCGCCAUCCAAGUUCGACGCAAGGGAAAAGGUACCCAAGUGUGGGCAAUCGAGAAACUGGAGAACAAAUUGAUUGAUAUGAGAGAUCUCUAUCAAGAUUGGAAGGAGAAAGACAUGGUUGAAUAUUACAACAAAAUUCUCAGCAAGCAUGGCGAUCCUUUCUACGAGGCCCAAGAAAACCAUAACUUGAUAGGCGUAGCCAACGUCUUCCUGGAAUGCCUGUACCAUGAUGCUAAACUGGAUUAUGCUGUUCCCAUCAUCAGCCAGCAGGGAGAGGUUGCUGGGAGACUUCAUGUUGAAGUAACGCGCGUUAAUGGUGCGAUUCCAGAACGUCUGGAUGGUGGCGAUGAUUCUUCAGAGAACUCGAGUGAGAGUGGGAGCUGUGAAGUUAUGGAUAACAAUGGUGACAUCGUGCACAUGGCAAGGAAACUAACCUGCAGGGUAAAAAUAAAAGAAGCUACAGGACUUCCGAUCAACUUAUCAAACUUUGUAUUCUGCCAAUACAUCUUCUGGGAGCACUCUGAGCAAACAGUUGCUCCCCCGAUGGUCAAUCCGGAUAGGCCUUCGCUCAAAAACAAGGCCGUGCAGUACAUGGUGAAGUUUGACCACAGUAAGGAUUUUGUGGUGCACGUUACGGAGGAGUUUCUGGAGUUUAUCGCAGAGGGAGCGCUGGCCAUUGAAGUCUGGGGCCAUCGGUGUGCAGGUAACGGCAGGACCGUCUGGGAAAUGGAUGCACUGCAAGCGAAGACACGCACACUACGUGACAGGUGGAGUGAGGUGACACGGCGGAUUGAGAUGGGGAUCUCAUUGCAGGAGCUGAAUGAAAUGGGAGAAUACACAGCAGUGGAGGUGUCUCUCGCCAAAGAUGUCAACACUGGCGGCGUCUUCCAGAUUAGACAGGGGCAAUCUCGUAGGAUUGAGGUCAUCGUUAAACCAGUCCAGCACUCGGGGACGUUGCCGCUGAUGGUGGAGGCUAUUUUGUCUGUCUCCAUAGGUUGCAUUUCUGCCAGAUGCACCAAACUACAGAGGCCAUUGGAUAGUUAUCAGAAAGAGGAGGAGGAGGAUAUGGAUAGUUACCAGGAGGAAGAUUUGAAUGAGGUGCGUGAGAGAUGGUCUGAUGCGUUGAUGAAGCGUCGAGAAUAUCUAGAUGAGCAAAUUCAGAAAAUAAUCAACAAGCAAGAAAAAACAGAAGAUGACGUGGAGAGGGAAGCCAGGCUGGUGGAGCAGUGGGUGGGCCUCACUGAGGAGAGGAACGCUGUGCUGGUUCCUGCCCCAGGCAGUGGAAUUCCAGGAGCCCCAGCAGACUGGAUAUCGCCUCCCGGAAUGGAAGCUCAUAUCCCAGUCCUCUUCCUUGAUUUAAAUGCUGACGACCUUCGUGCAAAUGAACAACUCACGGGUCCCCAUGCACCCGGAGUGAAUUCCAUCUUACCGAAGGAACAUGGCAGCCAGUUCUUUUAUUUGCCUAUUAUCAAGCACAGUGAAGACGAGAUCUCUGCUGUUGCGUCCUGGGAUUCAUCAGUCCAUGAUUCGAUCUAUUUGAACAAAGUCACCGGCCAGAAUGAACGCAUCUACUUGAUUGUGAAGGUGACGGUGCAGCUCAGCCACCCUGCCGCGGUGGAGCUGGUGCUGCGCAAGCGUAUAGCCGUCAAUAUCUACAAUAAGCAGAGUUUUACCCAGAGUCUGAAGCGAAGAAUGUCGUACAAGUACAUUCUUCACUCGUGUGGAGUUACAUAUGAAAUAGUUUCCAACAUACCCAAGGCCUCAGAGGAGACGGAAGAUCGAGAGACCUUGGCUCUCAUGGCAGCCAAGAAUGAAAAUGAUGGUGCAGGGGAUGGAGAAACCUACAUUGAGAAGUAUACAAGAGGAGUGUUGGAGGUGGAAAAUAUCCUGAGUUUGGAAAGGCUCCGACAGGCUGUUACGGUGAAAGAAGCACUUUCAUCCAAAGGAAAGUACAUGAAGAGGAGCGUCAGCACACCCAACGUUCACCAUGUAUCCAAUAGUCGAACAGAUGUCUCUGCAUAUGAGGAGGAUGAAAACAAGGGUCGCUCAGAAGGUCAUCAAGAUAUUCUGGAUUGCUCGUGCAACUUGCAGGACGGUUCCUGGUAUAAUACCUUACUGAAAGAUUCACCGCGUAGGACAAAAGACACUGGAGGUACUGCAGCAGAGGGUCAUCAUUCAUUGGGUAGUCCACUUAAAGCAUUUUCCGCUCAGCCACCAAAAUUUCUGAAGUCACUUUUGCCUGUACGAGAAGAACGAAAAGGCAAGCAGCACUUAGAGACUAAACCUCUUCUAGCAAAUGAGAGCAUGUCUCCCCCUCAGGAUAAAAACAUGCUGCUGGUACACAGCAGUGGCAGUGUUGUGCCCACAGGAAGCCCUGCCAACAGCAUGUCAGUAGAAAACAGUAACGGAAAUGAGGACACGUUUGACUCUGAGGAGGAGGAGGAUUACGAAGUGGGGAACCUCAGCAAGAAAACAAGUGAUUCUCAACCCUGUCAUGGCUUCCAACCGUACAUUCCUGAAGAUUUUGCAGACUUUGAUGUAUAUAAUGCAAGCCUUGAAAGCAGGGAUUUGUUCUCUUCUAAGCCAGAAUUCCUCAGUUCUCGAUUCCUCGACAAUGAAGUCUCCCGGAGUCCAACUACCAGCAGUAUGACCAGUGGUUACUUCUCCCAUAGUGCUUCCAAUGCAACGCUCUCUGAUGUGGCAUUCGCUGGUACGGAGAACACGGAGAGUAAUCUGUCACGGGACUCUGAGCAGCAGAGUAUUGUGCUGCAGACGAGUGUAUCUGAUUUAAAGUUAUCUUCUGAGAAGGAAAAUGGAGAUCGGGAACAGAACGGAAAUUUAAAUGAAAUGCAAAAGAGCACAUCCCUCCCGAAAAAUUGUGCCUUAUUGAAAGAUACCUCAGUAUUGCAACAGUUUAUUGAGUCUAAAUCUAUCCUAGUUUAUAGAACCCUCCCAGAGACAAAUGCAUCAGAUUCGUCGUCUUGCAUGUAUACAAUAAGCCCACAGGAAAGCAGAGCGGAAGAGAGGGGACCUGAUGCUUUCAAUUCGAUAAUGAAUGUAGACAUUUUCAACAGCCAGGAUUUCACAGAUUUUCAGGGUGUUGAGGACACAAGGAAGGAUCUUGAGCUGCCAGAUGAACCCAUGGUGUACAGCACAGGUUCCUCUGAUGACUCGAACAGACUUUCCGUGGACAGCCUAGAAUUGGACGAAAAGUGGCAAAGUCCUGAGGUGAAAUGUGCGAAUGACGUUUCCGAGCUUCCCGAGGAUUCGUGCGGCAUUGCCCGCAAGCAAGCGCAGACAACAGUCCUUGACAAUAGGUUAGCAAACGCCAUGGAGGACCCAGUGUUUUGUGGAGAAGCUGAUCAUGAAGAAGCCUCCGAUAACUCCACCAGCCCAGACAAUUCCGGUAUGAGGAACCUUUCUGAUUUAUCGGACGCUGAAGAUAGUAAUUCUGCGGAGCAAUGCGACCCUCUGCCAAGCUGGAUCACGCUGGAUGCACGUGCAUGCGUUGGCAACAACAAGUAUGGAACCAUUCGAUAUGUUGGUGCAGUGGAUUUCUCUGCCGGACUCUGGGUUGGGGUUGAGCUUGAUACUCCAGCUGGGAAACAUCAAGGCAGCAUUCACGGAAAGGAAUACUUCCGCUGCGAUCCAAGUUGUGGUGUUUUUGUUCGCCCGAACCGGCUUCUUCAGGUCCCCCACACUGUAACACGGCACGGCAACCUCGCUGAAGGACCAGCGUCCGCGGGUCAUGACAAGCGCAGAAGUGUCAAUCUUGGGAGGUCGCAGGUGACCCCAUCCAGCAAAUCUGAAGCAACAGCACUUCACAAAUCAGGAGUCACUGCAUCCUCCAAAAAGCAGAACAGAAAAUCCUGGACUAACUGAACGGCACCAUUUGCACUUAUUACACAUUACUGUAUAGGCCUCCUGUUUGAGCAUUUUAUACCAUGUACAGUUUUUUGUUUAUAUUACUCUGUGAUAUAGAAUAAAACUUUAAUAUUUUACCUUUUUGUAAAAAAAAGAUGAAGUAUAUUUGCUGGUAACACAUCAAAAGUACACUAAAAAGUGGCUAGGCUAUGCAAAAUACCCUUAACUUCAGCACGGAGAGCAUCGCCUUCUGCAUUAAAGUAACGAGAUUAAUCAGUAAAUAGGUAUUUUGUUAGAAAGAAUUUGGAUGCAAAUCACAAAGAUCUCUAAAUUGGUCCAUAAUUACCAAAGAUCUUGAUUAGAGUCAGGAGCCUCUUCAUUUUAAUUUUGACCUUCGUAAAAUUGUGUUCUGGGCUGUAGGGGCCUUUUUGAUUUUAUUAACUUGUGCCGUGUUUUUGUUACUCUGUAUAAUGCUGCCUUAUUUCUAUUGUCUGAUAAGCACAUUUAAACAAAUCUGAUUCUUCUAUAAAGUUGUCGUCUUCCAAUGUUUACCACUGCUGAUUUAGCUUCACAUGGGUCCUGGUUCAAUUACGAGCUUGGACCUGUCGCUUGGAGCUUUGUAUGUUACAAGUCUAAACACCUGUAGUCUGAUUUACCUGUUGGCAGUUUAGUGCUUGAACAGUAUUACUGCAAGAAUGUAGGGACAGACAGAAGAUUUGUUGUAAUGGAUUAUGAGUAUGUGUGCAUGCAUUUACCGAAGAAUGCAAAGUAAUGGUACAUUUUGCAACAAUGUUGUGUAUAUAUAAUGAAACAUCUCAUUGGAUGAUAUGGUUAAAAAUAAUUUAUGCACAGGAUUAUAUAUAAUUGAACGGUUUACUGCAUCCCAUGCAGUAAAGGUAUAAUCUGAUUGGACUAAAGACUGUUUUUAAAGCCAUCCAGUGUACAUUAGAGUUGUGCAAAAUUGUAGGUACUUAAGAGUCCGUCUGUUUGGAGAAAUGUGAUCAUGAAAGGUCGACUGUUAAUUUUAACAAUGAAAAACUUGGGACUUGCUCAAGAGCUGCUGAAUUAGAUUUUUUGUAUAUAUAUUUUCCCUUCGUAGUGUUUUUGUAUGACUGUACAGAGUUGUAAUAUAUAUUAUUUCAGCAAAACUGUAUUUAAUUGGUACAGCAAUUCAGUGUUUUAGAAUACAUUCUACAGCCUGGAAAACCGAGCUCUCUGGAUUUCUUUCUGUACAUUUGAGCUUUGACGUAAAUAUCUUGGCAAUUUUUCUCUUUUAUGGAAUCCCAAUGCAGUAUGCUAACACUGCACAGGUAUAUAUUACAGUGGUUUAGUUUAGAGAUAC